AUGGCGCUUGCCCCUCACUCUGCUGGUCAUAGAUACGGCCUUGCUUCAGCCCCGCAUGUGCUCGAAGCGUACCUGGACUAUGUGUGUCCGUUUUCUGCACGAUUGUUCAAAAAGUUGCACGCGGAAAUUUUUCCCUACAUCAACCAGAAAUACCCGGAGAAAGUUCAAUUUAUUUUUCGCCAACAAAUUCAAGCCUGGCAUCCUGCCUCCGCUAUAGUUCAUGAAGCUGCAUUAGCUGUUGAAAAACUUAACCCGUCCAAAUUUUACGAAUUCUCUGCAGUACUGUACGAAAAUCAGAAACAAUAUUUUGAUGAAGUAACUUACACGCAAACUCGCGCGCAAAUACACGAGUCUUUAUCGAAACUCGCUGGUUCAGUCGGGGUCUCACCUGAGGAAUUUCUUAAAUUGCUUCGUGUUGGCGAUGCUGACAAUCCUCGCAAUUAUGGGAACGGGGUGACUGCCGAAUUGAAAUAUCAUAUAAAGCUCGGGCGUCAGAAUGGGGUUCAUGUGAGUCCAACAGUGCUGUUUGACGGGGUGAUUGUGCCCAACAACGACAGCGACGGAUGGACUUACGAGCGUUUCAAAGAAUGGCUUGAUAAGAUACUUACCAAAACGUGA